GUGGAAUUCCGAGUUUGAUGAUAGUUCAUAACGAAUUUUCGCAGUAGGAGCUUGUUGUUUCUUUUUCGAUUUUUAUUUUAUUUUCGAAUAUCGAUGCAGCAUUCAUAACAAAUAGGAACUCGGAACUUGGAAUCUCCGAUUUCAGUAUGUUCAAAACAACUGGGAAAAAUCGAUUUCAACAGUCAUCCAACUCGGAACUCAAGCCUCUUCCAGAGCUCCGACUUUCCGACCUGAAGAUCACUGACGUUAUGCUUUGACCUCGUAUUUUUCCGAGUUCCCAGGUGUUUUGAAUGCAGCAUAAAACCAAGGAUGUGACGUUUCAUAUGACACCGGAAAUAAAUCCCAAAAGGUCUUAACAACAAGUCGUCCAUUCGUUUCCAGUGUGAUUUUUAGUUGUUAUUCACUCAUACGUAAAGACUAGCUUAAAACAUUUGUUGGAGAUUGCACCAAGAUGGGGGUUGACUAGCAAGCAUUUUUAUUAUAGUUAAACGUUUUCCCUCUAGCCAGCUAACGUUGUCGCUGGUACGUUAGUUGCACAGAGCGGUAAAUUGGUGGUACUAAUUUUAAACGAGUUAACGUUAGACAGCACUUAACACGGAAGAUGGGGUCGUCGAAGAAACACAAAGAGAAAGGCCGUGAUAAGGAUGCAGAAGAGCGUCACCGCGAACACAAAAAACACCGUCACAGGGACCGGGAGAGGGACAAGGAACGAAAUGUCACCCGAGAGAGGGAGAAGAGGAAACGGUCCAGAUCGAAGGAAAGGAGCGGACGGGGUUCCGAGAGAGAAGGUCGCAGUAAAGGCGAAAGGAGUACUGGGGAGCCUCGCGUAAAGAAAGAAAAAGUGGAGGCCGGAUAUGAAGAGAGUCCAGGAAUUGGACCACAGUCUGCAAGUGGAGAUGCCUCACUUAGCAUUGAAGAGACAAACAAGCUGAGGGCCAAGCUUGGUCUGAAGCCUCUGGAAAUGACUGACACAACUAAAGAGCUCGGUACGAAGGAGCAGCCAAUGGUUGCGGAGACUAUCAACCCUGUGUACAUCAAACAGCAGAACGAGAUGAGGGAGAAACUGGCGGCUAUGAAGGAAAAGAGGCUCCUCAAUAAGAAACUGGGGAAAGUGAAGACUUUAGCAGAGGGAGACUGGCUGGACGACACUGUAGCCUGGGUGGAGAGGAGCCGGAAGAUGGCCAAAGAGAAAGAACUGGCAGAGAAGAGAGCCAAACUUCUGCAGGAGAUGGAUGAGGAGUUUGGUGUAAGCAAUCUGGUGGAUGAGGAGUUUGGCCAGACCAAGAAGGCCGCUUAUAGUUCUCGGGACCUAAAGGGUCUCACUGUGCAGCAUAGGAUUGAGUCAUUUAAUGAAGGGGAGACUGUCAUCCUCACACUGCAAGACAAAGGUGUGCUUGAAGAGGAGGACGAUGUACUUGUAAACGUGGGUCUAGUGGACAAAGAAAAGGCGGAGAAGAAUGUGGAGUUGAAGAAGAAAAAGCCUGAUUACAAAGCUUACGAAGAGGACGAGAGUGUCGAUGACAUGGUUACGUUCAAGCCGCGCACUGUGCUGGGCAAGUAUGAUGAGGAGAUUGAUGGAGAGAAGAAGAAGAGUUUCCAGCUGAGCAAAGGGGGCUGUGCUGAGGGGGAACGGGAACGGGAGCUGCAGGCUAUCCGGGAGACCCUGAGGAACCAGGCCCAGUCCCUGGAGAUGCCUGCUCUCGCUAUUGCCUCAGAGUACUACACACCACAGGAGAUGGUGGGCUUUAAGAAGACCAAGCAGCGCGUCAGGAAGAUCAGGAAGAAGGCGUUGCCUGACGAGCUCCAACUAGACGACACGCGCAACACCGACUUCGGCUCCAGGGUUCGGGGUCGGGGUCGCAGGCAGUUGGAUGAGGGCCAGGAGGUGUCAAAGGAGGGUGUCAUCAUACCGGGACUAGAUGUACCCCAACAGUCUGAUGACAUCAGGAUGGCUGACAUGGACAUCAGUGAUGAUGAGGACUUCACCCCCUCUGAGCCGGCUGUGCUGGAGGAGGACGAGGCAGAGCAAGAUCUGCAGAAGCAGCUGGAGAAGCAGAGGAAGCUCAAACAGAAGCAGCUGGAGAAGCAGAAGAAGCUCAAUCAGAAGCAGCUGCUCCAAGACUCUGGGGAAAAGGUGGCAGAGCAGGUCCCAUGGCUUGCAAGAGUGGAUGGCAGUGACGACGAAGACAACAAGAACAACCUGAACAUUGUAUUUAACGCCACCUCUGAGUUCUGCAGAACUCUGGGUGACAUCCCCACUUACGGCCUGUCAGGAAACCGAGAGGACCAGGAGGAUAUCAUGGAUUUCGAACAGGAGGCGGAGAGAGAUGGGGCCGGAGGAUCAGACUCGGAUGAGGAUGAGAACGUCGGCUGGAGCAUCGUCAACGUGGAUGAGGAACAGAAGCAGCCUGAUUUCUCCACAGCAUCAACCACCAUCCUGGAUGAAGAACCUAUUGUCAGCUCUGGGCUGGCUGCCGCCUUGGCGCUGUGCAAGAAUAAGGGUCUCUUGGACACUCAAAUGCAGAAGAUAUCCCGUGUCCGUGCUCCUACCGGUGCCCUGCCCAAUGAUAACUACAGCAUUGAGGACAAGAUGACUAUAGAUGACAAGUACAGUCGGAGGGAGGAAUAUAGAGGCUUCACCCAGGACUUCAAGGAGAAGGACGCCUACAAGCCUGACGUCAAGAUUGAGUAUGUGGAUGAAUCUGGACGGAAGCUCACUCCCAAAGAGGCUUUCCGGCAGCUCUCACAUCGGUUCCAUGGGAAGGGGUCUGGCAAGAUGAAGACUGAGAGAAGGAUGAAAAAGCUGGAAGAGGAAGCGCUGCUGAAGAAGAUGAGCAGUAGUGAUACCCCUCUAGGAACGGUCGCUUUGCUUCAGGAGAAACAGAAGUCACAAAAAACACCUUACAUUGUUCUGAGUGGGAGUGGGAAGAGCAUGAAUGCAAACAACAUCACCAAAUAGAUGUGGUUGAGAAGAGGGAUCUGACCAGUGAGGAUGCAGGCUGUGCACCAUUAGACACACAAACACAGACAGAUGUCUUACAUUUAUUUUCCUUGUUGAAUAAAGUCAAGUAGCUGCAUAUUGCUGUUGUGUGUAAAGUAGAGUUUUUGCUUUUGACCCUGGAUUUAUGUAAACAAUGAUUGUUAUUUACAUACAGUAAAGAUUUGACAUGAA